AUGCAGGUUCUCUUCCACCUCCUCGGCACGUACCCAGACCUCAACACCAUCAAGGCCCUCGUCCUCGCCUACGGCCUGUACAGCUGGUCCUUUCUCCCUGGCGUGUACACGAAGCCGGACUCCGUCUGCUCGAACUCCGGCAAGCUAGAUAUCUUCCGCAACCUCGCUCUAACGAGUAACCCAACACUGACUUCGACUCUACGCGAGUUCGAUACCGAAUACGGUAGCCUCCGGACAGCGGACGCGGACAUUUACGACUCCCCCCUAAAACACCCCGUCUUCUCCCCGGUAAACCGGCGCUUUGACGCACUGAGCCCGCGGCUCCCACCCGCGCUGUUUGUGGUCGGGACAGCGGAUCCGCUUGUUGAUGAUACGAUACUGAUGGCGGCAAGGUGGCAGAUGGCGCAGGGGCAGACUGUUACGAGGUUUGUUCCCGGGGCGCCACAUGCGUUUGCAGAGGUGCCUAUUGAGGCCGGAGAUUGUUGUGUGGUUUAUAAUGAGGUUGUGGAGGAGUUUCUAGGUGAAGUUUUGGAGUAG